AUGACGAGUGAUAAGCCAGAUUUGUCCGCAGUGGAGAAACGUGACAAGUCAGAACUGAAGAAAACGAAUACAGAAGAAAACAAUGCUCUCCCCUCGAAGGAAACUGUCCAACAGGCGAAAGGAUAUGUGCGAACAGCAUAA